UCGAUAUUUGAUCUAAAAUUAACAGCAAAAUUGUUCAAAAUUCCAGUUAAUUGCUUAUUUUUCCGCCACAAACAAACCAACAACAUUUUUGUUUUCUUUACAAAUGAUGUUUGUACUUUAUUGAUCAGAUCGAUGUUGAUAGGAAAAAUAUUUUUUUUUGAUUAUUUCAAAACAACCAAAAACCUAUACAAAUAUUUUAUGAAAAACUGUGGCAACGUUUACAUUUGAUACGAAUCAUUCGAUUUUAUUUGAAUUUUAUUGAUUUUUUAUUGAUUUUGUUGUUGUUGUUGUUGUUACUGAAUUUUUUUUCUGUCUGUUCAAUCAAAAUCCUUUAACUGUAAAAUUUUAUCCUAUAAUCAUCAAUUAUAAAUGGUAUUUCGAAUAAAAACAUUGUAAAAAAUGUCAACCAAUUCGAAAGCCGAUAUUAAAUCUGAACAAACUCAACAAAAACAUCAACAACAACAAGAACAAAAUGGUUCAGCAAUCGAUGUACUUAAUAUUACCAAUACAUUAUUGGCCAUAUUGAUUGUUUAUGCUUUGUAUAAAUUAUUCGGAAAGAAAAAAAAAACAGGAAACGAUGAUGGUGAAAGAUUUCGAUUACCUGAUCCAUUACCUAAACAUGAUAUGACAUUAGAUGAAUUACGACGUUAUGAUGGAACCGGACCAGAUAAACGUAUAUGUCUUGCUAUAUUAGGUCGUGUUUAUGAUUGUACAAAAGGACAUGAAUAUUAUGGUCCUGGUGGUGCUUAUUCACCAUUAGCCGGUCGUGAUGCAAGUCGUGCAUUGGCUUUAUUUGAUUUGAGUGCAGUUAAAGAUGAAUGGGAUGAUAUUACUGAUUUAGAUUCAAAUCAAUUAUCAUCUGUUAUGGAAUGGAAUGAACAAUUUCAAGAAAGAUAUGAUUAUAUUGGACGUUUAGUACGAUCCAAAGAAGAGAUAUUAGAACGUGCUGAUUUUGAAGAAGAUAUCGAUAUUGGUGGCGAAAAACAAAAAAAAUCAUCAAUGAAAAAUGAUAAACAACAACAUUCAUCAACGACCGAUGAUGAUGAAAUCGAAGUUAUCAAUAGUAGUGAACAAGAAUCAACUAAUGGUAAUAUGGGUAAUACAAGUAAAAAAGUUUCAUUUAUGGAUGCCAAACACAAAAAAAAUGAUAGUGGUGAUGAUGGAAAGAAAUUGUCCGAAUCAUCCGAUGAUAUUGAAGUGAUUGAAACAGCAGCAAAAAAUGAUACUGAUAAUUGAAAACA